GUUAGGGUGUAUGCAGUUGUUAUAAUAAUUAAUAGCAGUUUUUUACAGACGCUGAAGUUCGAACCAUAAGUAUAUUCUACAGCUCUCUAGGCCCUGAUAAUACACCCAUUCGAUUCUUGAAUUCUUUAAAAAAUUAAUGUGCCUAUUAUGUUCAUAAAAAUUUGGAUUUUGCACUAUAUAGCGUAACAUUUUUGAGGGUUAAAUUUUCGCUGAUUCGUGCAUUUUACUGUAACAAAAAUGGACAAUGUAUUUAUCGACCUACACCUCUUAUGGCUAUAAAUUAAGCUCAUGCAUUCGUAUAGAUCAAAUUACACUCUUUUAACUUUACAUGCAAAAUGUUUACUGUGCAGGAGAUUCCAUGUGGCAUUCCAAAUAGAGUUCACUUGUCUGACAACAAGAUAGACCUGCCACGUCUACACAUAGAUAUUCCAAAGUUUUAUUCUUGGAUCUCUGAUGAUGCUCGUAUUUGGUGGGAGCAAUUUGAUAUGGACGCUGUCUACUCUGAUGAUGAAUUUGGAAUUACCCCCUGGCCCUUGCUACAUCUCCAAGAAGUUCGUCAACUGGCCCAACUCCCAGCCUCAGGAUCAGCAGAUAUGAGCUGUGAUGCGCCUCAGAAUACCCAGCUUCAAGCUCUAUUUGCUGCAGAGAAUGAAGAGUGCAAUGUGUAGACUGGGGCCUACCGAAAGCAAUCACGGACAGACGUUAGGGAGGUGCAGGAUUUAGCAGGUCUCAAGAUUGAUCAGUUGCUGGCAGUCAGAAGCUGUCCAAGCAGUAACAUUGAGCCAUGGAUUGCUCAACUUCGAUCGAUCUCAGAUUCAGAGGUAGGAGUUGUCUGGAUGGAAGGGAAGUACAACAGCAAAUGGAAAGUGGCAAGAAGACAGGAUCCAGAAAACAAGAGGAAGCGAAUUGAGUGGGAAGAUUCAGUCACGAAAUCCUCAAUACUCUUGUACGAUUUCCAGUUGACGUCCACCGGUCAUCUACGUAAAAAGACAAUAGAACAUUUAAAGAGUGUAUACCAAGAGCUAAAGCAAAGUAACACCUAAUGUUGUGUAUAUUUCA